AUGGAUUAUUGGGGACCUAUUCAGCUAAAACCACCGCAUCGACGAGCUGCACCUACCAAGGCAUAUGUAGCAGUUUUUGUGUGUUUUGCAACGAAGGCUGUGCACCUUGAACUUGUUGGCGAUUUAAGCACCGCAAAAUUCAUCGAAGCGCUACGUAGAUUUGUCUCACGUCGUGGUUUGUGCUCAGAAAUAUACAGCGACAACGGUCGAAACUUUAUCGGAGCAGCCAACGAACUUCGUCAACUAGUUAAAACCAAAGGGCAUAAUCAACAAAUCGCUCAAGAAUGUGCUGACAAUGGAAUUCAGUGGCAUUUCAAUCCACCAAAAGCAUCGCAUUUCGGUGGCCUAUGGGAAGCCACAAUAUCAUCAGCGCAAAAACAUUUCGUUCGAGUUCUUGGCACUCAUACACUUGCCUACGAUUCUAUGGAAACACUGCUGACACAAAUCGAAUGCUGUCUCAACUCCAGACCGAUUGUGCCAAUGUCCGAUGACGCAAACGAUUAUGAAGUACUUACCCCAGGACAUUUUUUAGUUGGCACCGCGCUCAAGGCUGUCCCGGACAAUAAUGUGAUUGAUAUUCCCUUCAACCGAUUACGACAAUGGCAACAAACGCAAAAAUUAUACCAACAACUGUGGAAACGAUGGCAUCUUGAAUAUUCAUCAACAUUACAAACCCGUACAAAAUGGUACAAUCCGCCUGUGCACCUACAAGAAAAUCAGUUGGUAAUAAUUAAGGACGAAAAUGCCCCACCGAUGAGCUGGAAAACUGGACGAAUAAUUCAACUUCAUCCUGGUGACGACGGAACAACACGCGUAGUGACAUUACUAACACCUACCGGUCGUUACACUCGACCUGUAUCAAAAAUAUGUCUGCUGCCUAUCUCGUCGCCACUAGAAAGAAAUGAAUCACUUACCUGUGCCAAAUCAACCUAG